AUGUCUAAAAUUGCAUCCACUUUCUCGCGCCUUGUGCGCUUCAAUCCCAAGUCUAACCCCUCGAAGAUCUUGAUCGGAGAGCCAGUCGACCCCAAAAUUGACGUGGGGUUGGCUCUUUAUCAAGGGCAGGAUGUCUCCGUACGACCCUUCUCUGGGACAUCGGUGCUCAGCCCCGGCCAGAAAGUCGAGUCAACAGAAACGAUCGGGCGAAUCCUGUCUCCGUUAUCGCAAAAUGAAGUUGGCUCGAUUCGAUGCAUCGGAUUGAACUACGCGUCGCACGCCGCUGAGAUGAAGAUGGCCAUUCCUGACCUUCCAACUCUGUUCAUCAAACCGUCUACCUCCCUCGCCGAUCCCUGGCCAGCUCCCACCGUUCUACCCAAGAUCACGCAAGUCGAUAGCACCGGCGACUAUGAAUCGGAGAUGGUCAUCGUAAUUGGUCGCGACGCGAAGGACGUCAGCGAGGAGGAGGCAUUGGACUAUGUCCUUGGCUACACGGCAGCCAACGAUGUCUCUAGUCGCACCUCGCAGAUGAAUCAGAGCCAGUGGUGCUUCUCCAAGGGAUUUGACACUGCCUGCCCAAUUGGUCCUGCUCUUGUUUCCGCCGCCCACUUUCCCGAUGUCAGCAAGUUCCAGAUUCGCGGGCUGAAAAACGGCAAGGUUAUGCAGGAUUGCCCUCUAACGGACUUGAUCUUUAGUGUCCCCAAGCUGGUCAGCUUCCUGUCCCAAGGCACGACAUUGCCUGCGGGAACGAUCAUCUUGACUGGCACUCCUCCCGGUGUCGGAGCGGCGAAGAACCCCAAGGAGUUCUUGAAGGCAGGCGAUGAAUUUGCUGUCGAGUUGCUUCCGCACGUUGGAACGCUUAUUAACAAGGUUGAAAAUCAAUCAUAA